GUGUAGGUAACCGGUCCUUAAAAAAUGCGUAAAGUGGGCAACCGGAGCGAACCACCGCCACUGACCCAAUCAACAGAUAACUUCCACCACCACAGUACCACCCUUCUCCUCUCUCAACCGUCGUCAUCUCCUGCCUCAACAAAGGCAGCACACGAUCACACCACCACGCACCUCAAGCAGCCCCCAGCAACAUCCACCGCCAGCUACCACAUCAACUCUUCCCACAGCCACGAUCCAUUACUGGUAGCAUCUACCGCUCUUUGCUUUGGGUCGAAUCAACCAGGUUUCACUAAGGCUGUUGGUUCAGAGUUGGUGAAGGCCAUCAGAGUCAUUCACUGCAGUUGUUAAUGUUUUCAACAGCCAUGUCAUCCAGCUCAAGCACUGCUGCAGUCAGCAGGGCCUCGCCAGAGGAGCACUUCUGGCAACUUACAGCUGAGGAAUCAUCGUCGUCAUUGAGUGAGGCGUUGCCUUUCUCCUCUGGAAACCCUAGGAUUGAAGAGACACGAGGCGUCAUGCACCUUUUCUCCAAUGAUGCUGUUUCGGAUCUCCCUGUCAGAAGGAAACCUCUUGUGGCUGUGAUUGGAGUGCCAAACCACAUGACUUAUGCUGAUUUCUGCCAGUUUUGUGCUUCUUUUAUUCACCACAUUUUGGAGAUGCGAAUUAUUAGGUUAGAUGGAAUGGAGGAUCAGUAUAGUAUACUUACAAGAUUUGACACUCAAGACUCUACUGAUAAAUUCUACCUUCAUUUCAAUGGUAGACAAUAUAAUUCUUUGGAGGAAGAAGUGUGCCAGGUGCUUUUCACAGUUGAUGUCCAGUUCACUGGUUACAGUGGUUCACUCGAACACUCUCAGCCAUCUACAAGAAGCACAGCUGAACAGCCGUCAUGUCCAGUUUGUCUUGAGAGACUAGACCAAGACAUGGGUGGAAUUCUUACAACUAUCUGUAACCAUUCUUUUCACUGCUCUUGCAUUUCAAAAUGGACAGACUCUUCUUGUCCGGUUUGCCGAUAUUGCCAGCAACAACCUGAAAAAUCAAUUUGUAUUGUAUGUCAAACUUCUGAGAAUCUAUGGAUUUGUGUUUUAUGUGGUUUUGUCGGCUGUGGCAGGUAUAAAGGAGGACAUGCCAUACAACAUUGGAAAGAAACACAACACUGCUAUUCUCUUGAAUUGGACACACAACGUGUGUGGGAUUAUGUUGGUGACAAUUAUGUUCACCGACUGAUUCAAUCAAAAACUGAUGGGAAGUUAGUUGAGUUGAAUUCCCCCAAUGUGCAUGCUUAUGAUGGUUGUGGAGGUUGUGACUGUGCAGACUCUGGAGUUAGUGAGGCUCUUUUGAACAGCAAAGUUGAAGCAAUUGUCAACGAGUACAAUGAACUCCUUGCAACUCAACUUGAGAACCAAAAUCUUUUUUUUGGGACCUUGCUGGAAGAAGUUGAAGAAGAAACUGAAAGGGGAAUUUCUAAAGCUGUUAAGAAGGCUAUUUCUCAAAAACUACAGAAGUUUCAGGCCAAGCUGGAUAGAUGUAUAAAAGAGAAGAAAUUCCUUGAUGAUCUCAAUGAGAAUUUAGUGAAAAAUCAGGAGAUAUGGAAGGCAAAGAUAUCGGAAAUUGAAGAGAGGGAGAAAAUGGCUUUGAAAAUAAAGGACGAUAAAAUUCAGGACCUGGAAGAACAGCUUAGGGAUUUGAUGGUGUCCCUGGAAGCGGGAAGCACGGUGGAGCAGCUAUGUAUAUCGAAUGAACUCAAGGAUGAAGCUUUCUUGCCAAUAUUAGUGGAAUCGUCUUCAGGGAAGAGUCCCAAGGGGGGCAAAAAGGCUAAUAACCAGAGAAAAAGCUGAGGGUGGCAGAAUUUGCUGUAUCAACCUGUCUUUUAUAUUUCAUGGCAUUCCACCUCAAAUUUUGCUAGUUGAGGGGUUCCACGGAGGAUCAGGCCUUCGUGGUGCAAACCUUCUUGUGCAGUCCUGGUGUCGUAAUUUGUGACUCGCAGCGUAAUUACUUGUGGCGGAUUACAAUCAAUGAGUUUGUGUAGAUUUGUAUUUGGAGGUCAAAAUGUGAUGUGAAUAGAGUUAUUAGUCUCUUUGUUCCGAAAAGAAAAUGUUUUGUAUGAUCCUACAGAUUUUUUAAAAAAUAAGUAAUAAAUCCUGUCACAUUAAUUAAUUAAA